GGGUCCCUUCCCCCAGAGAUCCCAGGAGCCCAGUGGAGAAGGCAUGCAGACAGUUACAGGAUAAGGAACUUGACAACAUACUGGCUCCCGGAAUACUGUAUGACACUACAUCAUGAGUGACAGUAAAUGUGACAGUCAGUUUUACAGCGUGCAGGUGGCAGACUCAACUUUCACUGUCCUGAAACGUUACCAGCAAUUGAAACCAAUUGGCUCUGGAGCCCAAGGAAUUGUUUGUGCUGCUUUUGAUACAGUUCUUGGAAUAAAUGUUGCAGUCAAGAAACUAAGCCGUCCUUUUCAGAAUCAAACGCAUGCAAAGAGAGCUUACCGUGAACUUGUCCUCUUAAAAUGUGUCAAUCAUAAAAAUAUAAUUAGUUUGUUAAAUGUGUUUACACCACAAAAAACUCUAGAAGAAUUUCAAGAUGUGUAUUUGGUUAUGGAAUUAAUGGAUGCUAACUUAUGUCAGGUUAUUCAUAUGGAGCUGGACCAUGAAAGAAUGUCUUACCUUCUCUACCAGAUGCUCUGUGGUAUUAAACAUCUGCAUUCAGCUGGUAUCAUUCAUAGAGAUUUGAAGCCUAGCAACAUUGUAGUGAAAUCAGACUGCACCCUAAAGAUCCUUGACUUUGGCUUGGCCCGGACAGCAUGCACCAACUUUAUGAUGACCCCCUACGUGGUAACUCGCUAUUACCGGGCCCCUGAAGUCAUCCUGGGCAUGGGCUACAAGGAGAAUGUGGACAUCUGGUCUGUCGGGUGCAUCAUGGCAGAAAUGGUCCUCCAUAAAGUCCUGUUUCCAGGAAGAGACUAUAUUGAUCAGUGGAAUAAAGUAAUUGAACAACUAGGAACACCGUCAUCAGAGUUCAUGAAGAAACUUCAGCCAACUGUGAGGAAUUAUGUAGAAAACAGACCAAAGUAUCCUGGAAUCAAGUUUGAAGAACUCUUUCCAGAUUGGAUAUUUCCAUCAGAAUCUGAACGAGAUAAAAUAAAAACAAGUCAAGCCAGAGAUCUGUUAUCGAAAAUGUUAGUGAUCGAUCCAGACAAGCGUAUCUCUGUGGAUGAAGCCCUGCGUCACCCAUACAUUACUGUUUGGUAUGACCCUGCAGAAGCGGAAGCACCACCACCUCAAAUUUAUGAUGCCCAGUUGGAAGAAAGAGAGCAUGCAAUUGAAGAAUGGAAAGAGCUAAUUUACAAAGAAGUAAUGGACUGGGAAGAAAGAAGCAAGAACGGUGUGGUAAAAGAUCAGCCUUCAGCACAGAUGCAGCAGUAAGUAGCAACGCCACUCCUUCUCAGUCGUCAUCCAUCAAUGACAUCUCAUCCAUGUCCACCGAGCAGACCCUGGCCUCAGACACAGACAGCAGUCUUGAUGCCUCGACGGGACCCCUGGAAGGAUGUCGGUGAUAGGUUGGGAACAGGAAACAUCAUCAGUGGAGGAACGUUCACUUUCAUGGUCGUCCCAAAAAUGUGUGGGAGUUGAUGGAACCAAAUAGAAAAACUCCAUGUUCUGCAUGUAAGAAACACGAUGCCUUGCCCCACUCGGUUCUAAUAGGAUUGCCUGCCUAGAUUAUAAAAACAAAGCCGAUUAUGUCUGAAGAAAAAGUACGAGCCACACUUAUAGAGAUUUUGUUCAAGAUCAUUUCAGGUGAGCAAUUAGAAUAGAAGACAUUUUACAAGUCGUGUGGUGAUAAUGGUGACAGUUUCUCCUCAUCUGUAUCCGUUGGGACUUAGUGCAUGUGACCACUUGCUUGGGCUUGCCCACCUGGCACUUUGGAAAUCAGUAUUUAAUGCCAAAUAAUCUUCCAGGUAGUGCUGCUUCUAGAAUGAUCUCUUAAUCCUCUUAAGUCAUUUGGUGUCUGUCCAGAAAAAAAAAAUAGAUUUAUAUGUAUUAAUUGGCCACCAUCAUAAUACGUUAUCCUCUUUUAUGGUAUGAUUCUAUCUUUUGUAUUUCAGAAGUAUAUCAUUAAAUCUAUUUAAUAAAAAUAUAGCUUUUAAAAAAAAACUUGUGAUGUUUCAGGCUGAGAAUUAUCACUGCUAAAACCAAGACACUGUUUCCUCUAAAUUGUUUAAUGUGAGAUGAUUCCGCUUUACUGCAUGAAAAAAUUUUCAGUUUUGUGCUGCUUAAGAUGUAAGUACCCUUGAAUCCUGUCUUAUCUCUUUUUUUUUUCUUGGUUGUUGGGAUUUCUUAAUAAUUUUAAAUGUUCCCUACUAUUUCAUGUUCUUUAUCAGACACAUAAUACUUGGUC